CGGCGCCCAGCGGCGGUCAAGCGGCGGCGCUGGGCUCCGCGGUGGAGCUUGGGCAAUCCAGUCGCGGUCCCGGGUGACUCCCUUGGUGACGCCGGGCGCGUUCCUUCCUCUUCCUCUAGCCUCUCCGGCCCCGCCUUCCCUUCCCUCCGCCCACCUCCCCUAAGCGGAGCCGCCGCCGCCAGCAGCGCCGUCAUGUCGGCCCCCGCCGGGUCUCCUCACCCGGCCGCCAGCGCCCGGAUCCCGCCCAAGUUCGCCGGAGCCGCCGCCUCGGGAGCCGCCGCGCCCUCAGGCCCCGGCCCGGCGCCGCACCACCAGAACGGUCCAGCACAUAGUCAAAUGCAGGUUCCAUCUGGGUAUGGAUUACAUCAUCCAAACUAUAUUGCCCCCUCAGGACAUUUCCCUCAAGGACCUGGAAAAAUGACCUCAUUGCCAUUGGAGAGCCAGCGUGAUGAUUACUACUCUGGUCUCUAUACAGUACCAACACAAAAUGUGGUGACUCCUUGCACAUCAAACCAAUCAGGAGCACAGCAGAUGUAUGGCAGGGGUCCUCCUGCCCCUCACGUUGUGGGAUCCACUCCAGGAUCUUUCCAAGGUGCUGCAUCAUCAGCAUCCCAUUUGUAUACGAGUGCCUCCCAGCCAUAUUCCUCUUUUGUGAAUCACUACAAUAGUCCAGCCAUGUACUCUGUCAACUCUUCUGUUGCUUCUCAGGGAUUUCCCUCUACUUGUGGUCAUUACGCUAUGUCAACUAUUUCUAAUGCUGUGUAUCCUAGUAUUUCAUAUCCUUCUCUGCCUGCUGGUGAUCCAUAUGGGCAAAUGUUUACCUCACAAAAUGCUCCGACUGUCAGGCCAGUUAAAGAUAAUUCAUUUCCUGGCCAAAAUACAGUUAUUAGCUACCCAUCGCCACUUCCACCUCCACUGUCACAGCAGCAGCAGCAGCAGCAGCAACAGCAACAGCAACAGCAGCAGCAAAGUCUUUCAGGAUAUAAUACCCUAUCAUGGUCAGCUCCGGGCCUUCCAUCAACCCCAGACAGUCUCAUCCGAAACCACACGGGGUCCCUGGCUCCAGCCAACAACAACCUGACAAAUACUGUUGCAGAUUCUCUAUCCUGUGCUGUUAUGCAAAAUGUCCAGCCUCGAAAGUCCAGCCCAGUAGUAUCCACUGUAUUGUCAGGAGCCUCAUCAACAAGAAUGCCUUCUGCUGCAAAGCACCCAACAGAACCUGUGGCCCCAGUUACUCAGCCAUCAGAGCUAUUACAGCAGAAAGGCAUGCAGUAUGGUGAAUAUGUUAAUAAUCAAGCUAGCUCCGCACCAACUCCCUUGUCAUCAACUUCCGAUGAUGAGGAAGAGGAGGAGGAGGAUGAGGAAGCAGGUGUUGACAGCUCUUCUACCACAAGCAGUGCUUCUCCAAUGCCCAACAGUUAUGAUGCCCUGGAAGGAGGCAGCUACCCGGAUGUGCAUUCUUCCUCGGCCAGCAGCCCUGCUCCUGAUCCAGCCCCUGAGCCUGAUCCUGCUCCAGCUCCAGCGCCAGCACCAGCUCCUGCUGCUCCUCAGCCUUCAAAAAUGGCUAAGCCUUUUGGCUAUGGUUACCCAAUUCUUCAGCCUGGUUAUCAGAAUGCUGCAGCACCACUUAAUUCUGGAGUACAUCCCAGUAGCCAAGGGUAUUCUGGAUUUCAGCAGUAUCCUCAACAGUAUCCUGGUGUCAACCAGCUGUCCUCUGGUCUAGGAGGGUUGAGUCUUCAGAGUUCUCCACAACCAGAAAGCCUGAGACCUAUAAACCUCACUCAGGAGAGGAAUGUUUUACCCAUGACUCCUGUUUGGCCUCCUGUGCCUAACUUGAACUUAGAACUCAAAAAGCUAAACUGUAGCCCAGAUUCAUUUCGGUGUACUUUGACAAAUAUUCCACAGACUCAGGCUUUACUGAAUAAAGCUAAGCUUCCCUUAGGAUUGUUGUUACAUCCCUUCAGAGACCUAACGCAAUUACCAGUAAUAACAUCAAAUACCAUUGUGAGGUGCCGAUCUUGUCGAACAUACAUCAACCCCUUUGUGUCCUUCAUUGAUCAACGUAGAUGGAAAUGCAACUUGUGCUAUAGAGUUAAUGAUGUUCCUGAAGAAUUUAUGUAUAACCCCCUCACUCGAUCUUAUGGAGAACCUCAUAAACGACCAGAAGUUCAGAAUUCAACUGUGGAAUUCAUUGCUUCUUCAGAUUACAUGCUUCGUCCUCCUCAACCUGCAGUUUACUUGUUUGUUUUAGAUGUAUCUCAUAAUGCAGUGGAAGCUGGGUAUUUGACAAUUUUGUGCCAGUCACUAUUAGAAAACUUAGACAAGCUUCCUGGAGAUUCACGGACAAGAAUAGGAUUCAUGACCUUUGACAGCACUAUUCAUUUCUAUAAUUUACAGGAAGGAUUAUCACAGCCUCAAAUGUUGAUUGUAUCUGAUAUUGAUGAUGUUUUUCUACCUACUCCAGAUAGUCUACUUGUGAAUCUCUAUGAAAGUAAAGAGCUUAUAAAAGACUUAUUGAAUGCAUUACCAAAUAUGUUCACCAAUACAAGAGAAACACACAGUGCCCUUGGUCCUGCGCUUCAGGCUGCCUUUAAAUUAAUGUCUCCAACAGGUGGCCGUGUGUCUGUAUUUCAGACACAGUUACCUUCCUUGGGUGCAGGGCUUCUGCAGUCCAGAGAAGAUCCUAAUCAAAGGUCAAGUACAAAGGUGGUACAACAUCUUGGCCCUGCAACUGAUUUUUAUAAGAAACUUGCUUUGGAUUGCUCAGGACAGCAAACUGCAGUGGAUUUGUUCCUUUUAAGUUCACAGUAUUCUGAUCUUGCUUCUCUAGCUUGUAUGUCCAAGUAUUCUGCAGGGUGCAUCUAUUAUUAUCCAUCUUUCCACCAUACUCACAAUCCUUCACAGGCAGAAAAGUUACAAAAAGACCUAAAACGAUAUCUCACAAGAAAAAUUGGAUUUGAAGCCGUUAUGAGAAUAAGGUGUACUAAAGGUCUUUCAAUGCAUACUUUUCAUGGAAACUUCUUUGUGCGUUCCACUGAUUUGUUAUCCCUUGCCAAUAUCAAUCCUGAUGCUGGGUUUGCAGUGCAAUUGUCAAUUGAAGAAAGUUUGACAGAUACUUCCUUAGUGUGCUUCCAAACAGCCCUGUUAUAUACAUCAAGCAAAGGUGAACGCAGAAUUAGAGUGCAUACACUUUGUUUGCCAGUGGUAAGUUCGCUAGCAGAUGUAUAUGCAGGAGUAGAUGUACAAGCUGCCAUCUGCCUCCUAGCAAACAUGGCUGUGGAUCGAUCAGUUUCAUCAAGUCUGUCAGAUGCAAGAGAUGCCUUAGUGAAUGCUGUAGUGGAUUCACUGUCUGCCUAUGGCUCUACUGUCUCAAAUUUGCAGCACUCUGCAUUGAUAGCACCUGGCUCCCUCAAGUUGUUUCCUCUCUACGUUUUAGCCCUUCUCAAACAGAAAGCAUUUAGAACGGGUACAAGCACACGCCUGGAUGAUCGUGUGUAUGCCAUGUGUCAGAUAAAGUCUCAGCCUCUUGUUCAUCUAAUGAAAAUGAUUCAUCCCAACCUAUAUAGGAUAGACAGAUUGACAGAUGAGGGUGCCAUACAUGUUAAUGACAGGGUGGUACCUCAGCCACCUCUUCAAAAAUUGUCUGCAGAGAAGCUUACAAGAGAAGGUGCUUUCCUUAUGGACUGUGGCUCUGUUUUUUACAUUUGGAUUGGAAAAGGCUGUGACAAUAACUUCAUUGAGGAUGUUCUUGGGUAUCCUAAUUUUGCAUCAAUACCACAGAAAAUGACACAUCUUCCAGAGCUAGAUACACUUUCAUCAGAACGGACCAGAUCCUUUAUAACUUGGCUUAAAGAUGGCAGACCGUUAAGUGCAGUCCUUCAUGUGGUAAAAGAUGAGAGUCCUGCCAAAACAGAAUUUUUUCAACAUUUGAUUGAAGACCGGACAGAAGCUGCAUUCUCUUACUAUGAAUUUUUGCUUCAUGUACAGCAGCAAAUAUGUAAGUGAAGGAGAAUAAAAUUGAAUAAGAAGAAAAAGAUCCAUAACUGAGGUAAAGCAUAAUCUGUCACAGAAGCACAUAGGAAAUUUGAAGUGAAAGCAUUUGUUGUUAUAAGAGACAAUGCACAGCCCUCUGAGGUUUUGGCAAAACGUAAAUGGGAAGAAGGAACUUGACUGAUUUUCUUCAGCCUAAAUUAAUGGUAAUGAUGAUGCUGUUUCAACAAGUAUAUUUUGAAUUGGUUUCUACACAUUUCCAGUAGUGCAGCAGUUCAGUGCUCUCUUCAUUGCAAGCUGGCAAAUUUACGUAGCUGUGUGGAAUGUCAUAAUGUAAAAUUAGAUGAAUUUUUUUUCUUAUAAUUAAUAUAACAUUUCUGGACUUGAACUCUGACAAGAGAUGCCAAAAGGCAGUGGUACCGUGUUAUUUGUUUAUAUGAAUUACUUUUUAACAAGGAAUGAUUCGUACUCAUUAAAUGAAUUCAACAUUUUCCCUGUAAAGACAAUAGAGUUUCAGUACACAAACUAUAGAAAAAAAAAAAAUAUAUAUAUAUAUAUAUAAUGUACAUAAAUGUUACAUUUGUAAAGAAAAUGUAAAAAUGUAACUACAGAAUAUGAAUUGCUUAAACUGUGCUGCAUUGUUGGAUGACAGCUCUUUUUGUCACAGUUGGAGAAUGAGGUUGACUAAUGCAUAUUAUGAAUUGAGUCCACAGAAACACAAACUCUUUGUAAUUCUGUUAAAUCUUUUAUGUGGAUUUAUUUAUGAUCAGCCUACUAAUUAAAAAUAUUUUGCUUGACAA